GGCGGCGGAGGCGCCCGGUCCCGGCCGCGCGGAGCGGACAUGUGCAGGCUGGGCUAGGAGCCGCCGCCUCCUCCCCGCCCAGCGAUGUAUUCAGCGCCCUCCGCCUGCACUUGCCUGUGUUUACACUUCCUGCUGCUGUGCUUCCAGGUACAGGUGCUGGUGGCCGAGGAGAACGUGGACUUCCGGAUCCACGUGGAGAACCAGACGCGGGCUCGGGACGAUGUGAGCCGUAAGCAGCUGCGGCUGUACCAGCUCUACAGCCGGACCAGCGGCAAGCACAUCCAGGUCCUGGGCCGCAGGAUCAGUGCCCGUGGCGAGGAUGGGGACAAGUAUGCCCAGCUCCUCGUGGAGACAGACACCUUCGGCAGUCAAGUCCGGAUCAAGGGCAAGGAGACGGAGUUCUACCUGUGUAUGAACCGGAAGGGCAAGCUCGUGGGGAAGCCUGACGGCACCAGUAAGGAGUGUGUGUUCAUUGAGAAGGUCUUGGAGAACAACUACACGGCCCUGAUGUCAGCCAAGUACUCCGGCUGGUACGUGGGCUUCACCAAGAAGGGGCGGCCGAGGAAGGGCCCCAAGACCCGGGAGAACCAGCAGGACGUGCACUUCAUGAAGCGCUACCCCAAGGGGCAGACGGAGCUGCAGAAGCCGUUCAAGUACACCACGGUGACCAAGCGGUCCCGGCGGAUCCGCCCCACGCACCCCGGCUAGGCGGCCGCCCCGGGCCCACGCUCACACUCCCCGAGAACUGCAUCAGAGGAAUAUUUUUACAUGAAAAAUAAGGAAGAAGCUCUAUUUUUGUACAUUGUUUCCAAGAAGACAAAAACUGAACCAAAACUCUCGGGGGCGGGGGAACGGUAAGGACCUUAUGGUUGACCCAAAACCCCCCUACGACAAAGACUCACUCGACGGGGAGACAUCGUCAGCACCCAGGUGCGUGUCUCUCUCUCAGAACAGACAACGCUCAGCUCGUCCCCAGAGGAGGACUUGAAUGAGGAAAACGACACUCUGAGAAACCAAAGUCCUUUUUCCCAAAGGUUCUGAAAACAAAAGAAAAACAAACAAAAAAAAAGGCAGAGAAAAGUAGUACCCCCCCACCCUCCAAGGAACUCCCCCUCUUUCCCAGUUUCCUGCCCCUGCCCCAGACUCCAACAAAAAUCGCUCUCUGGUUUGCAGUCAUUUAUUUAUUGUCCGCUGCAAGCUGUCCCGAGACACCGCGCAGGGAAGGCGUGCCCCUCGGAAUUCUCGGCGCCUCGACCUCCGACGACAGAAGGCCUCGUCCAAUCACGGCGACCCUGCCUCGCUCGCAGCCUGCAGGAUGCUGCUAUCGACCUUCCGUGACUCCCGUGACCUAGCACACCAAUGAUAAGGGAAUAUUUUAAAACCAGCUAUAUUAUAUAUAUUAUAUAUAUAAGCUAUU